UGAGCACUGCGGCCCUUCACAUGGUACCGCUUACACAAGGAUUUUCUUAAAGUUAUCAGAUCCUCUCUUUUGCCUCUAUCGUGUUUUGCGUCUCAUACUAUGCAUUUGAGUGGAAUCACUUUGCGGACCAGUUGCGCGAUCGCAUGAUAUUUGACGUCAUGUCUCUUGCUGCUUGCCUGCUGAUAAUAGUGCCAGCUUCUGGCUCCGCUGCUGUUCUCUUACAACUGAGCUUAUCCCUACUGCGCAUCGUUUUCUUCUUGGAUGUUAGUGAAUCAAUCACUGCCCUUCUAUUGAAUGUGAAAAAAACUGAACUAUUGGCGAUUUUAUCUUGGAUUUCUAGCAGUGACUUGGAUAAAGGCAGGUACAUGACAUCCUCUGGAUGUUGCGGCAUUUUCGAAGCCAACUAUGGAUAUCACAUAACGAAUGAUUCCCUGCUAUGUACAUCGUAUCGGGUAAUGCCGUGCACAGGGUGUUUAACGAGAGUAGAAUGAAUGUUGCCUUCGCAAUGGAACAGCGGUGCCGAUGCUAUGUUUCAUGCUUGCCUACAUUAAGCGCGUCGCUACUAAAAGUCUGUCAUUUGGUUUCGGGGAUCGGUCUACUUUCUUGUGCCAUCAAAACGUCGAUCUGCGUGGAAGGUGAAUGACGCCUUUAUCAGUGUCAUCUGUGAGACAGUGGAAGAGGACUGCUCCGAUUCAAUGGUCGAAACAAUUAGUGGCGACCAUAAUUGGUAAGAUCUGAUCGUAAUGCAUAAGUAGUGGGUCGAAACUUACGAAAGCCAUUUCCACUUUAAACUGAACGUUUUCCAAACCAUAUUAGACCUUUUUCAAACCGCCUUGGACAUUUUCCAAAUCAC